AUGUACGGUCAAAAUAACAGUUCUUACUAUGAUCAUUCCUCUGAUAGCAUCAACCAAAACUACCCUUCCAGUUUAUCACCUCUGUUAGUCCAGUCUCUUGUAGGCGACUUCGACUCUAUCAAUGAAGCUUUCAUGCUCACAAACGCCAACGCGAAUACAAGUGCUGGGAGUGGGUGUACUACUAGUAGUUACAUAGGCUCGCCAAAUUCACCUCUAAGCUGUACUAGUAGUCAUCACCCACCAAAUGCUACUGCCACUUUGAUGCAGCGAAGCUUAAGUAACCACUCACUCCACAAAAACGGGUUCUAUUUGCCUGAUUCUUCUCCCGCCAGCCUUCACGACCUGGAAAUGGGCCAAGUGAGACGGGUCUUUAGCACAGGUGAUUUGGAACAGGGAGCCAAAGCUCUACGCCACCAACAUCACCACCCAGUAGGAAGUCCGUUGGCAAAUGAAAGUGCGAGCAUUAUUAUUGAAGGUAUGACAAAGGCAUGUCGCUACAGUCCUGAGGAGAAAAAAGAAAGAAUUGAGAGGUAUCGCAGCAAGAGAAGCCAAAGGAACUUCAACAAGAAAAUUCAGUAUGCAUGCAGGAAGACAUUAGCUGAUAGCAGGCCAAGAGUUAGGGGUCGAUUUGCAAGGAAUGAUGAAAUCGAACAGCCUGAAUUUCCAGACCUACAAUGGAAUCAAAUGGCAGGUGAAGAAGACGAAGAAGAUGAAGGGCAGUGGAUUCAUCUCCUGAACUCCCUUUCAGCCAAUUUGGUUCCAUGAACGACCAUUAGCAGUUAGACUGUCCAAAAAAAAGGCAAUAUUAGUUUCGCCUUCUGCUUUGUAGACUUACGUGUCAGACAUGGUCUUUAAUCUUAGGAGUCCAUCAUGUAUAUGAUUUCGAUGGGUGAAAUAUUCCUAUGUAUUCUGAUCCUAGAAUUGUUAAGGGUUCAAAAUAGUUCGCAUAGUACAUUGCAUGAGAGGGUCAUGCAAGUAAAGAUGUCAGUGUACACCAUUUUGAAUGCCCCAAUCAAUUCAGAAAUUGUUUAAGGAGUUCUUCCCACUUCUU